AUGACCUCCCUUCGCUCCUCGUCGGCAGCUCUUCCGCUCGCCCUCGUCCUCGCCCUCGCCCUCGUCCUCACCUUCGCCCUCGGGCCGCAGGCGGUGGCCGGCGGCGGCGGGCUGGAUGACUUCAAGGAGAUCGGCGACGGCAUCGAGCGCAUUCUCCGCGCACGGGAAGCCGCCAGCAGCGGAGGUGGAAGUGGAGCAGGACAGACACGGCGAUCGCGGACCAAGACGACGACAUCGAGCACGGACGAUCACAUCCGGCAGGCGCUGGGAGAUCUGGGCCUCACCUCCGGCUGCGAGUUCCGCUGCCCCGGCGGGCUCAAGUACUCGGCCAGGCCCAAUCACACGCCAGAGGCCAACGGAUGUGGGACGGGCCCGAUGCGGGUGCCAGAGACGCUGGUCGAUUUUACGCCCUGCUGCAACGAGCACGAUGUGUGCUACCACACCUGCGGAUCGUCCAAGGCUGCCUGUGACAACGAGUUUACCGCCUGCAUGGACAGCCUUUGCCACUCAUCGGGCCUCUCCGAGUCGGACGUCGGCAUCUGCCACGCCCAGGGCCGCAUCUUUGGUCUUGCCGUCGCCUACGGGGGCUGCACCCCAUACCUCGACUCGCAGGGCGACGCGUGCCUCUGCCACAACCCCGAGGACGCGUACAAGGGCGAUCUGUAG